AUGGGGGUGAUUUUCUACGAUUUUCCCGCCGCCAUCGCGGCGUCGUUGCGUUUUAGCGGGAUCCUUUUCGUUCUCGACGGGAUCGAAAUCCUCGGGGAGGAUCUCCCGGCGGUGCUCGCCGCGUGGUGGGGGGAUCCGCACUGCGAGGUGCUCCUCGCCUGGCCGUCGACACUCCCUGUGGCGCGAUUUCCCUUCCCGGGGGGUGUCGCGUUCGUGGAUACGGUGGGGAUGCUCUCCCAGCGGGAGCUUGAGCGCGAGGCGGGGGGGAUUCGCCUCCCGCGCUACCUGCGAUGCGGGGGCGAGCGAUUUCCACUUGAGAUUUUUAUGGGUUGCCCGGGUUACCUCGCGCUCGUGCUUUCCCUCGUGCGGUCUCUGAAAUCACCACCUUUUUCCACGAUGGUAUCCCUUCACGGCGAGGGGAGGCAUAGUCCCCCGCCAGAGCAGCCGUACGACAUUUGCAUUGAAGAGGAAGGCGCGCGAGAGGUUCUCAGCCAAAUGAACCAGUUUGUUUCCGCGUUCAGGCAGCCCAUUCCUUCUGUGGUGUCUUUUUGA